UACAGUCGAAUCAAAGGUUAGAGUGCGUGCUAGUCUUGGUGCCGUUGCUAAGACAAAGCUCAGUAAGUUUUUUUUAUUUAUUAAGAAAUUAAAAGUAAAAAUUCUAUGGAACUAAAUUAUAUUUUUUCAGCGUGAUUAGUUUUAAGAGUUUCAAUUUGAGAAGAAAAGCUGCUUACGCGGUUAUUGCAUGUUUUUGUUCGCUUAAUAGGUUUUAGCUCGCUAGCUAGCGCUGAGCAGUUAGUAAGCAGUGGACAGUGUUAGUAAAUAAGUAAAUGUUUUAAGAGGAAACAUGGUGGCGGUGUGGAUGAGCUGAGUCUGUCUACAGCAAUGGGAAAGAGGAAGGACAUGAUAAUCCUCCCCAGGUUUCUUGUAGGGGAUGAUGAUGACUACAAUGCCCACAGGAAGAAACACAAAAAGCACAAGAAGCAUAAGAAGAAGCACCACCGAGACGAUGGCCACAGCUUCUCAUCUGAGGCGCUGGAGUCAGACUCUGGCAUCGUGCUGAAACCUCCACAGCUGAAGCUGAAGAUCAAAUUAGGAGGGCAAACACUGGGCACAAAAAGCGUGCCCACCUUCACAGUGGUACCAGAGGCUGUGCGUGCGAUGUCUCCUCUAAUCGUGGACAGUGAUGAUGACGACGACUCUGAUGACGAGGAUGAUGAUGAGGAUGACGACGAUGAGGAUGAGCCCUCAGAGGGAGUUCCUAUUGAGCAGUACCGUGCCUGGCUCGAUGAGGACAGUAACUUGGAGCCCUCUCCUUUACCAGACAUGGACACUGAUUCAUUUUUGGAAGGCCCCAUGGAUGAAGAGGAGAAGUGGCUUGAUGCGCUGGAGAAAGGAGAGCUAGAUGAUAAUGGGGAGCUGAAGAAGGAGAUAGACGAGUCACUUCUGACUGCCAGACAGAAAGCGCUGUUGCACAAGCAGCAGAUCCAGCCCCUCUUCGAGCUCCCCAUGGGCUACAAAGAGAAGGAGCUGACGGCCGAGAUGCUGCAGAAACGGGAGGAACGAGCCCGUAAGAGACGUCUGCAAGCAGCCAAAAAGGCGGAAGAGAACAAGAACCAGACCAUUGAGAGGCUCACCAAGACCAGCAAGGCCAAAAUCAAGAGCACAAAAGAGCGCAAGGGCAAACAGGCACAGCUGCCCAUGGUGAGGUACUUGGAUAAUGCUCAGGGGGCAGCAGUCUCUUACCCGGCUGGAGUGAUCGCUCCGGCUCCUGCCCCUUCACGCCCACUUCCUCCUGCUCCAGUAAACUGUGGUGUUGCUGGCUGCUCUAACCAGAAGAAGUAUUCUUGCUCCAAGACGGGAACUCCACUCUGCAGUCUGGACUGUUACAAGAAGAACUUAAUGCUUGUAGAGAGUGCAGCUUGAGCUCAGGAUGUGGAUGUGCGGUGGUAGUUUUUACAAACCUUGCACUAUUGGAACACCAUGACUUUAAGGAUGUUUAUGAGUGAAAGAAAGUCAAAUGUAUUUGACUUUAUUCUUUUUUUUUAUUAUUAUUAUUAUUAUUUUUUAUAAAAUUCCAAAAUUCAGAAAUUAUGUUUUUGAAGGUUUUUUAGUAUAGGCUUUACUUGGGUGUCAAAAUGAAUGUACCAGUUUGUUUUGCAAAUAUGAAAGUCUUAUACCAAAACCCAUUUAAUCAAUCAUGCACAUGCAGUUAUAAGCUGACCAACCACUUGAGGGAAACUAAGCACCUCAAGUCGUUCAUGUAAAGGAGCCCUCUGCUGCCUGUGGGGGAAAUCGCAAUUGUAUAAAAAAAUAAAUGGGAAGAGCUAGGCAGCUAUGUUCUGAGUGGAGUGCAUCUAAUUUCAAAACAAACAAAACAAAUUACAAACACCCUUACAUACAAAAAGUUAGAUUAAUGUCAUGGAUGCUGAAUCAGUGUAGCGGUGAACCCUCUUUUUUUCUGUGAUGCUUCACUAUGACAUGGCUUUAGUCUGGCAAGUUUCUUUUCUUUUUUCUUCUGCUUUCAAUUUAUUUGUAAAAAGCCUGAACUAAACAUUAUUACAAGGUGA